AUCGAGUUGGUGGUGGUUGUGCACGUUGCUCCGUUCGUUCCUUUGCUCAAUGAGGAAGGCCGUCUUUGGAAAGGAAAUAUUUUGAAUGGAAACCAAUUGGAUUUUUGUGGCACAUCUGCUUGGUUGAGUCAUAACUCAAGUCACGGAGAAUACCAGAAAUAUCAACAAUAAUACAUACGACAUGCGUGUUGUUAUUGUGCGGAGUUGCCAUUGGUUUUAGUUUAAUGAUGGUCACUUUCAGCUGAUCCAAAACUGACCAAAAAUACAAGGAAACACUGGAACAACACACCGAAUAGAUGUAUUUUUUUAUUUUCGGCCAUGGACGGAAGAACCGUCUAUGAGAAAUGACUGCAGAACAGAGUAGAAUGUAAAUGACACUUGUGAGCGACAAGAUUUCUAUAUGCUAUUACACGCUGCGGCGGAAGGCAGCGGCUAGGGGUACAUGCCAGCGUCUCUUUAAUACGGGAGCGCCUCUAGAGAUCAUACGGUUAAUCUGCCGGCCACCUUUGACAUCAAGAGACGCCUUUGACUCCACUAAUUGUGGUGGGUGGCAACUGGUGCGACCCACCUACAGGAUGAGGUGGCACUUUACGCCAGUCUGUUGGAUGGUGCCUCUUCUCUUUGUUCUCAGCUUCGUGGAAAUGAAACAGAUACCUGUAGUGAGAGUAACGGGACUUAUUGGAAAAUCAGCAACGCUCCCUUGCGACAUAUCUCAUCCCUCCGAUGACACUAUUUUCCUGCUUCUCUUCUUUAAGGACGGUCUCACGACGCCUAUAUACAGAUUCGACGACCGAUCUUCGGAACGAGGAAAUGACGAUCACUGGUCUGACAACAAGGUCCUGGGGUCAAGGGCCACGCUGGACGUGACGACCUCCCCGGCCCUUUUAAGGCUUUCACCACUCCGAGAUGAGGAUCAAGGGCUCUACAGAUGUCGCGUCGACUUCAAACUUCAGCCAACAAAAACAACGAGAGUUAACCUGACAGUCGUGACUCCGCCGGACAGCGUCAGCGUCAUCGUGCACAAGAGCGACGAGCCAAGCAUACGUGUAACCAAUGUUGUGGGACCCUACCUAGAGGGAGACAUUCUCAAACUCACCUGUAUUGCUCAUGGAGGAAAACCUCGCCCUUCUGUCGUGUGGUUUGAGGAUACUCAUCUCCUUGACAGCCACAUGGAAUCCGAGGAUUUAGAGAAAAAAUCAGCGACGCUUGCUGCACCAGGAAACACAACAUUGCCUGCCACAGGGCCCACUACAAACUCUCCGACAACGGGUCCUCCUCAAGAAAAGGAACCAAGAAAUACGCUUACGUUGGGCCCACUUACACGUAGUGACCUGAAACUGCUGCUUACUUGUGAAGCUGCAAACAAUAACAUCACUUUGCCAAUCUCCGUCGUCGUCAUGGUGGAAAUGAAUUUACCGCCUUUUUCGGUAGUCAUUCGGUCCACUGAGUUACCCCUGGUGGCGGAAAAGGAAUACGAAGUAGCCUGUGAGGUCAUAGGGUCUCGUCCCCCACCAACUAUCACGUGGUGGACUGACGAUCAGAGGGUUCUACAAGCGACCAAAACGACAUCCGUGGAUGGGAACGUCACCAGAAGCACGCUGCGUUUUUCACCGCGUCCUCAAGACGAUGGAACAACUUUGAGAUGCAUAGCAGAAAAUCAUGCGACCGACACCCGCAUUGAAGACUCAUGGAACCUCACAGUGCAAUAUAUACCAAAAGCCACGGCCACCUUCGGAUCAUCCCUGAAUGAAGACAAUAUUAAAGAAGGAGAUGACGUGUACUUCGAAUGCGCCAUCUUGGCUAACCCUAAAGUAUCUCACGUUUCCUGGAGGCACAAUAACAAAGUCCUGACCCACAACAUCUCCGGGGGGAUCAUCGUCAGCAACCAGAGCCUGGUCCUGCAAAAGGUAACGAAGGCGCAGGCGGGGAGAUACUCUUGUCACGCUCAUAACGUCAUUGGCGAUGGAAGUUCCAGCACGUUACGACUGGACGUUAAGUACUCUCCCGUCUGCUCCCCUGGGCAAGUGACCACGUACCCAGUCGGAAGGUACGAGGACGCAGAGGUCACCUGCUCAGUGCAAGCCAACCCCCUGCAGGCUUCCUUCCAGUGGACCUUCAACAACACGGCGGAUACGAUCGACGUUCCCCAAGGGCGGUUCACCUCAACCAGCAGCCACAGCGUCAUCACGUACACGCCGAUGACGUCACUCGAUUAUGGCACUCUUCUGUGCUGGGCGUCAAACGAAAUAGGGACUCAGACGAAGCCUUGCAUAUUUCACAUAGUGCCUGCAGGAAAACCAGACCCUCCCAUGAACUGCUCAGUUAACGAGCGAACUCAAGUUUCCGUGAAGAUAAGCUGUGAAGAAGGAAGCAGCGGAGUCACUCAGUCCUUCAUCCUGGAAGCCAGUCUUCGGAAUGGACGACACACUAUCAACGUAACUUCACCCGAACCUUCCUUUUCGGUUAAUGGACUCCAACCCGGAGAGCAGUAUCGUAUCAACAUCAGAGCGAAAAAUGAGAAAGGUUUCAGUGUCCCGACUUUGUUCACCAUCUCCAGUCUUAGCGACACCGGCGCUGUCUAUCAACCUCACGACGGUCCAUCCGAAGCCGAAGUUCGAGACGGAGGGAAGAACGGAAGCGGAGCCGAGAGUUACCAGGGGAAAGAAGAGGACGAAAAAGGGGAACCGGUUGCCGAGACGGCUGCCUUAUACCACAUCUUCCCCAUCAUUCUCGGAUUGGGUGGAGGUCUGCUGAUCGUAUCCUCCAUCAUAUUAUCGGUUCUACUGAUAAGAAGUCGAAGGCAGAGGCUACAGCAUCCUCCGGCGGCGUCGACUUCAAUUGGUCACGUCCCGAGGGGGAUUCUGAAAUCACCCAUCAUGUCUCCGAGGCACACUUGCAAAUCCACUCCGAUAGACAGCGACCUUCAGGUGGAGAGCGAGAGUGACGCCGACCCCGACGUCAUCCCCCUCCGCCAGUCUCUCCAGAGUCCCCCCGACGGAGAAGCUUCGGCUGCGGCUGUUGCUACUGCUGCUCCAGCAGCGACGCUCCUGCCCCCUGACUGCUAUAAAUACACCUCUCUGCCUGUCGCGUUUCCCAACAUUGUAAACCAGCGAUACAGCAGACUUCCAGUGUCUCCCUCAGUGGCGACGAUAUCAAGCAUUGCCGAAGGAGGAGGAGGAGGAGGAGGAGGUGGAGGAUGUGCAAUGAAAGGAAGCAGAACGUGUGCGCAAGGAGAAGUGCAGGAAGGAGUUUUCACUUUGUCCUACGACUGUCGGGCGCUGUUGGAUGGACAACUAAAUUGCCUGGAUCCCGCAUACCACUCAUGUAGUAGGUCUUCUACACUCCCGAGAAUUUCCUCAGCCUCUGCCGCUCCCUGUCCUCGAGGUACCGUCGUCUGCCAGGGGCAGCAAUUAGAACCUCAUAGUCGUCCUUCCCUCGGGCUGGAAGGAGGCCUUCCCGCUCGUCUGACGCACCAGAAUUCGGGUGACAAGCGCCCUUCCUUCCCGUUGGUGUCGAGCCCAAAUGCUUUCGAAGACGACGCCCCCACGACUCCCCUGCUGAGCAAGAGAGAAAGUUCUGUUUGAUGCCGACCGAGAAUCGAUGAAGAUGUCGCUCUUUCUCGGCGGCAGAAUCCGUAAUUUUAUCGAAAGUCGAUCCUAGUUUUUAUAAUAUUUUUUAUUGUGAGAUAAUAUAUUGCAAAGACAGUCAUAGCAACCUAUUCUUGAAUAGCCCUGACAAUCAUUUUAUACAGAAUAGAGUACAAAGAUAAAUUAAUGAAUGAAUACGUAAGUAUUAGAAAAAUAUUAACUGAUUUUAUUUAUUGAUCUAUAACAGCCGAUUAAUACCGGUGUUUGUAUCUAACACGAUGGAAAUAAAUGUUUAAAGAUG